GCUAUGUCUCCGUCCAGGGUGUGCUCUAAUAAUAGAGGCGGCUGCCUGCUCCUUUAAGACACCGCUUGUUGCAUACUCUACAAAAUACAUUGUAACAAAAUGGUUAUUAAAGUGUUCCUCGCCUCUUCGUCGGGAUCCACCGCGAUAAAGAAGAAACAGCAAGAUGUGGUUGGCUUCUUGGAGGCUCUUAAAGUGGACUACACCCCACUGGACAUCGCGUGCAAUGAGGAGAACCGCAUGUGGAUGAGGCAAAAUGUCCCCGAGGAUAAGAAGCCAGCCAACGGCAUCCCCCUCCCCCCACAAAUCUUCAAUGAAGAGAGUUACUGUGGGGACUAUGAUACAUUCUUUGAUGCCAAAGAGGACAAUUCAGUGUACACCUUCUUGGGAUUGCCCCCUCCUCCUGGGUCAAAGGAAGCAGAGCAGGCUGACAAGGCAAACAUUGUGGAGAAUGGCACCCAUGCUGAAGAAAACCUUGAGGACACAAUAGUCCCAGUGGAGGAGCGUAACGGGGAUGCAAGCAAAGAGGAGAAGCAAUCAGCUGAUGAGAAUGAAGAAGGCCAGGGAGACGAGGAGGAAGAGGAGGGGACAGCAGAGGGAGAGACUGCAGAUGAUGAAGCUGCAGAAGGUGAAACAGCAGGAGAUGAAGCGCCCACAGAGAAGGAGGAGGAGGCAGUGGAAGAGGUCACAGAAGACACAGAGGCCCAAGAAGAAGAGGAAGAAGAGCAGGAGGAAGAAGAGCUACGACAGCUUGAGGAAGAAGAAGAGGAAGAAGAAGAGUUGGAAGAAACACAGGAGGAAGAGGCUGAAUAGAUGAAGCCAAGCGAUGCCAAUGAUGUCGAUUUACUGCUCUCCAGCCUAAAGGAGCCCCCAGUUCCAUUUCUUCCCGACGCUUGACGCUUGACCUCCCCCCUCAGCCCCAUCAGAAAGCCCCUUCACUUCAGCACGUGACCCUACUGGAAAUCACUGGUCAUGUGCUUGAAGGCUCCAUCUCAACUGAAGACUCCUAACCCACAUUUGCCUUACACCCUUCCCUCUUGACUGCAAUGUUGACUUAAUUUUUAUAUUUUGUGUGUAUAGACAUACUGUAAUGAAAAAUGAGCAGAGUAGCCUAGUGGUGUUGGUUUGUUUGUUGUUUUGUUAAACUCAGACCUUUUCUCUGUGUUGUACUUCUAGAAGUUCUAGUUUAACACACACACAAAAAAAAAGACCUUUUUUUUUAAAAAAACAAAAAAACAAAAACAUGAAAACUUGGCAUAUCCAACUUGUGACUCCUGGCUUUCAGAUUCAAAGUGUUAUAAGUCACUCUUUCAUAACAGUUCUCUUCUUCUGCUACCAACUUUUUGCUUUAUCUAACUCCGAGUGUAUAAAUUCAAACUGUGACUUCUAAUAGCAGAGAGAAAGGAAAUAGGUUCAUGCUGCAAGACCGCAAACUACACCAAUACUGCUACAACUGCUUCUGCCAGAACUGCUGUCUAAUCAAUGCACUUUGUUGAACGAAGAGUGAAAUGUGGCUGAGAUCUUAGAUGGAAUGGAAAAUAAAAUAACUAGUAAAAACA